GAGCCGAGAGAGAGACAGCAGACGAAGAUAAAAUACAUAAGGCCGCCUAACUUAAUCUCUGCGAUCCCGUGCGCGAUACGAUCGCCCCUACUGCAAUUGAGCUAGCACCUGUCCGCACCCUACCGCUGCGCACACAGCCCAAUCCCCCUCACCAUGUUCACCACGCGAGUCCUCCGCCAGGCCCAAGCCGUAGCGCACAGCGCUGAGCGCACUCCUCUCAUCCGCUUUGUCGGCAAGCGAAAAAUCCCUGAGAACGUAGACCACACUCCCCGGCCUCACCCAGCCGCACCCACGACCGCGCUACCGGGAUCCUUCGGCGACAGCAAUGGCAACUCCCAUUCCUCUUUCUCUACCUACCGCCAACACGCCCAACAAUUGGGGCCUCUGCGCAAGACCAUUGGUGCCAGCCACGGGGGUCAUGGCAUCGGCACGCAGCCCGCCUCCUCCCUCGGUCCCAUAACCCCCCCUAAGGGCGUCUAUUUUGAUCGCAACCAGCUGCCUGAGCGCUUCCGUCGUGUUCCUCUCAGCGCUGCUGAGAUCGAGGCCAUCGAGACCGGCGGCGCCACGCUCUUUGGUUGAGCGUAACUCCACACAUUUCUACAUGUGUUGACAUUGGGGUUGGUGAAAUCGGAGUUCAGUUGCAUGUGCAUGUCGCCACUCAAUCCUACCUCGCUAUCAGGUUUUCAGAAGCCCA